GAAUGACAAAAGGAACGUCUUCGUUUGGAAAGCGUCAUAAUAAGACGCAUACGCUUUGUCGACGAUGUGGCCGUUCUUCUUACCACAUUCAAAAGCAUAAGUGUUCAUCGUGCGGAUAUCCGGCUGCUCGUAAACGAACUUAUCAAUGGUCAGUAAAAUCUAUUCGCCGUCGUACAACUGGUACUGGUAGAAUGCGACAUUUGAAAAUCGUGCACCGUCGUUUCCGAAACAACUUUCGCGAAGGAACUGUUGCGAAGUCGACAAAGAAACGUAAUUAA